AUGGCUUCCCUGAGAUCAUCUGCUGCCUCGAAAACUGGUUCUCAACUUGGUGUUAAUCAUGGGACUAUUCGGCAUCGAGUGGAUGUUGAACAAGACAAUGAUGAUUUCCGAAGAGAACUUCAAAAAAUGGGAGUUGGACUUCGGGAGGAAAUUCAAGGACUCCGAGUUAAACUUCAGCAUCUGGAGAAGCUUGUUGGGGAAGACUCUGACACCAUAUUACUCUCUGCUGGGGCCCCUUCAUCUGCCGGCUUCUUCAGGUUUCGAACAUGCGUUGUCCUAUUUUUCCUGAUCUUCCUUAAUGUUGCGGGAAGCGCUAUUCUUGGCAUAUACUGGGCGAUCCGUUUCGAUAAGAUGGGAGAUGGCUUCACCGCAGCUGGGUGGUUAGUUGCGAUUGGUACUCUUCUACUGGCUGGACCCAUUGCUUAUCACUACCCUCGAUGUUCGUGCUGGAAAACAAAGGACAACCCCUACAUGGGCAGGGUCAAUACACUGGAAUAG